AUGACUGCUUCCUGCGUAUGCCUGGCUACCCUCGACGCGAAUACUUCUCACGCACGACACAUUUUACCAAGAUCGAGCAAGUUCCGGGAUUCAGCGACCUUGCGGUGGCUGCAGCGUGCGCUACCACAUUCGCGCUCCAACGACUCUGACUCGUGUCCCGCUAUCAAGAAGUAUCUCGCAGAGGAGACUUUGAAGAUCAAAGCGGGUACCAAUACUACACAAGCCAAGCCCAAGAAGCGUGGCAAAAAGCAGUUCAAGUCGGCCGAGACAGUGGUGGAGGACGAGGAGCCAGGCGAGCAGCUGAAGCAGAAGCGGGUAAAGAAAUCUAAAGUGAGAUCGUGGGAUCCGAUGAUGCACAGAAGAAUGGACCGGGAAUGA